AUGAAUAUCAAGUACAAAUGUCCAGAGGGAGAGAAGGGUUUUGCAAGAACUAAAAAAUGCAAAAAACACCACAACUUUUAUGCUUCUCUAACGGAUGUAUACGAUAAUAAGGAUCCACAUUACAGAGUAUGUAGACACUAUUCAGGAACUUUUGUAAUUCAGAAUUUACAUUACGAUGGACAAGUUCUUACUAUUUCAUAUGGAGGAUCUAGCCUUACUAAGGAACGCAGGAUAAAUGACAUAUCCGUAUAUUACAGUGAAACUUAUGAAGACAGUAAGAAGGAUUAUAUAGAGAAGCCCCUUCUACUUAGAAUAAAAAGCAGAACUGAAGAGCAUUGGUACUUCAAUGCGGAUGUAAAGGAUAAAGACACUGACGAACAAUAUGAAGAUGAGGGAAUUAUCUGGAAACCAAAUACUAAAUGGAAGGAGAUAAAAGAUGGAAGUAAGUUUUACGAUGGACGUGGUAAUCCAAAAAGCGAAGAACUUAAGAAAGAGCUUAACAGGCUCACUUGCAAACUCCACAAUCUUCACGCAGUUGAUAUUUUUAAGAGUGAUGCAGAUACUUCCUACCGUUGUCCUGUCUGCAGAAAAGAAAAUGCUACGGUUAGUUCUGAGACUAUAGCUGAUUUUUCCGGGUAUAAAAAGUACAGACAUACGUAUGGUAGUGAUAUAAACUUUGUUAGGUAUGACAAGACUCUUCUUAAAUUAGGUGGUGAAAAUGAAGGAGAUGAUGGCGAACCCAUUCCACUUGAUGCUAGUCUAACUCCUCAUCUCACAGUCUACUACUGGAAUAUGGAUCCACAACGAACCAAGCCCCUACUUAUGGAGGUUGUUGUUGGAGGUGUGGGUUAUAGAGGCACGCAAGUUUCUCUUGGAAAUGAUGGAACACCGGAUAACAGUGAGUGGAGUAUGAUCCUUGAUAAUGGUGAACCAAAAGUCCUUUCUGGAAAAAAACUUGAGGAACAACUUCACAAACAAAAAUGCAAAUUUUUCAGACCAGUGGUCAUAGAUGUUUCCGAAGAGAAGAGUUAUCCUAACCCAUACUGUAUAAAGGAAGGAUGUAAGAAGGGAAAGUGUCCUGAUAAAGUAAAGGUUGAAAAGUAUAGUAAUGCUAUACCCGGGUUAACAAGCUAUACUGCUCGGAGGCACACCUACGGUAAGGCAGGAGGCAAAUUUACAAUAACUGGUUUCACUAAGGGUCCCAAGAAAAAUGUGACAUUUCCAAUAUGGGAUGUUACGGAGGUAGUAGUAUUCUUUCCAGAAUGUAGUCAAAAGUCUCCUGAUGACUCUCUUAUAAACAUACCCCUUCUGGUUUAUGUGAACAGUAGUGAUAAAAGUUCUAGGAAGUGGUACAAGAAUAAGAAUAAUGAUGGUACUCAAUGGGAUGAAGAUAACUCUGAUAAGAUAAAAAAUAGGGAUCCAAAAACGGUUGGUGGUACUACUCUUAAACCUAUUCUAGAUGAUAUUAAGGAGAAGCUACAACUUAAGUGUCCAGAAGAGAUAGAGAGAGAAAGGAAACUAGCUGAAGAGAAGAAAAAACAGGCUGAGGAGAGGGAAAGAAUGGAAAAAGAAAAGAUAGCAGAGGAAGAACGACAGAAAGCUAAAGCUGCUGAACUUAAAGAAACACUACGUGAAGCGGUUGAUACUCUUAUCAAUUUGGGAUCAAUUGCAGCUGCUGGAGUUGGACUAAGUGUUACGAAGGAACUUCUUGAAUGGGCUAGUGGUAGAACUCUUGCUCCAGAACAAAAGGUUGCUAAUAUCCCAUCCGAGCAAGUUCCUGAUACAGAGUCUGAGACUAAGAUUCUCCUACAAGGUACUCCAGUGGCUCAAAUGGCUGAAGAUGCUAUAGAUGCUGAAAGAUUAAGACAAAAAGUUGAAGAACGUAGAGCAGCUGAGGAAAGAGAGAGUGGAGAUUGUUCUAGAGAUGGUGCAGAAGGAUACGCUGGUAGAGAAGCUGAAUCUACUAUCCGAGGUGAUUCUGAUACCGGACCUCUACCACCACCUCUAGUUCAUAUUCCUCCAUCAGUAACUUAUGGCUCGGGGAUUUUCUUUGAGGAGCAUGGUAAGACUGUAGAACAGGCUAUACAUGGAAAUUUCGUUGAGGAAUAUGGUAGUGUGGUGAAACCGAUUACGCAUAGACUUCCUAGACCUACUGUGCAAGGAUUUAUUCCCUUUGUACCUACAGAAUAUCUUGAUCCACCACUUCCUACUCUACCUGGAGGUACUCAUCCUAUUGCUGAUCUAACUAACAUCGUCGGAGAAUCCCAGGAUAUACCCAUUACCUUUGAUGGUUCCCUGGAAUACCCUUCUCUACGUAGAACAAGCCUUGUCAUAGAUGGCCCUAAAUCGCAGUAUACUAUAGAAGAAAAUAAUCCGGAUGAUACUCUUCCUUCUAUUGAACUCGAUGUUCCUCUCCCUACUUUCUCUCCUCCUGGAGUACCUAUAGCUCUUCAACAACCUGAUGGCCAAUCUCUCCAAACUACUAAUGCUUGUGGAAUUUCUAUUCAAGGUGCUAUAGUGCAUACUUGUGAACCUGGUAAAAUGGCUGCUUCUCUAGGUCUACAAGCUGCUGGUCUUCCUGCUAAAACUGAUGCUAGUGCUGGUAAAGCUACUCAAUCUCCUGAUCUCUCAUCUCAGCCACAAGCUUAUACUACUCCUCAUACUUCUGCUGGUGUUGGUGAAGAAGCUGAAGCUAAAGGUCAUCUUCCUCAACCUGAUGGUGAAGCUAGAGUCGAUCAACAUAGUAGUGGCGAUAGUGAUGCUCAUCUUGGAAAUCAACCUGAAAGUGGUAAAGGACUAGGCUCUGAUGGUAGUCGAACUGUUAGUAGAAAUACUGUUCCUUCUGCUUCUACUGAAAAACUUACUGAUAAACCUGAAGCUCCUCAAGAUACUACUGACUCUGAUCCUCAAGGAUCUACUAUUACUCAAACUGCUUCUGCUCAAUCUGGAGGUGGCUUUCCUGGUCAUGAAUCUUCUCCAAACUCUUUUUGGACUUCUCAUGAAAAAUCUAUCCCUACUGUUCUGACUGGAGUUGGUGUUGUAUCUGGUUCUCUUACUGGACUUGGUUGGUGGGCAUUUAAACGUUCUAAAGGAGAUCCUUGGGUUAGGCAGAUUUAG